AUGAGCCCCUUGACAAAUCAAUCGAUCCGCCAAAUCGCAAUCGGUUUAUCCCGUUACUUAGAGGAUUCUGAUUGGUGGAAGGUAGAGAGUGCUCCAAUUGGCCAAGAUGGAGCUCGGAGUCUUCCACGACCAUUGAUUUCUGAACCGGCUUAUGUCAACGGCGUUGACUCAGCCAUGAUACCUCUCCUAAAUGGACUUGUCCACAACAUCUCCUGUUCGUGGUUCUUUGAUGACGCUCAAGAACAGCCCGAAGCAGCUAUGACUGAGGAAGAUGAACUUACUGCCCCUGGAUUUCUACUGGAAUUUGAUUUUGACCUUCUUGAUUGA